GGCUUGCCUACCUGCGAUCGCGCGGUGCAUUCGAGUGCCCGCAACCGCGCCGCAAAGUAGUGUACCCUGCAGUGCGAGAUUCCGAAAUUCCUUGUGCAUCUCGGGGAGGAUCCGAGAGGGAUAAAAUGUGAACAGAACCGCGUCGCCAUAUUUCGCCUGUCGCGCAGAUUCACAAAGGAUACUUUCGCGGAAUCAAUCGAUCGCCUCGCUGCCGAAACAGAUGGGGGUGCAUGAAGGGAGGCACGAAGAAGUCCGCUGGCAGCUACCCAAAGUUGCGGUCAGUUAACUUUCGGGUGGCCGCAAAAUGCACUUCGGCCGACUUCAAGUGAGCUUGGCCGUCGCCGUGCUGACGGCGCUGCUCAGCGCCAUCAGCGCGGCGCCGACGGCAGCGACGCCGUCGUCGCGUCUCGACGAGCAGGGCUUCUGGAAGGCGUGGGUGUUGUUCGAGGACCCUGCCGUGCAGCACUCGGAGGAGACCGGCCGUCGGAAGGGUCAGAUCAUGCCCAAGAGCAUCUUCAUCGCGCCCGUCGUCAAGGACCAAAUGCCCGACUGCGCCCCUGGCUACCAGGCGGACGCCCUCGGCAGGUGCAACAAACUGGUCAAGGUCAACCAAAACGCGCAGCUCGGCUUCCUGCUGCAGAAACUCAACGCCAUGUACGGCGGCGCCAACUCGGAAAAGUUCUCGGCGCCCAAAAAACCGACCACCACCGAAGGUCCGCUGCAACUUUCCAUCCCUCUGGAUGGAGGUGUCCGGGUGGAGAAUUUGACAUCUACGACCACCACUGAAAGUCCUCCGACCACGACGGAGCCGACGGAGGUGGCCGAAGUCAUGGUGGUGGCUGCCCAGGUCGAGUUCGAUGAUGAGACAAAGAGCACCGCCCUGCCAGGGGCGAUCGUCACCCUGUGGCACGUCAACAACGACACCACCCUGACCACCACCCUGCCAGAGGUGACCGAGACUGAUGAAACCGUCACCCCUACAGAAAUGACCACCCCUCCUGUUGGCCCUGAGGAGGAAGAAACCACCCCUCCUCCGAUUGAGCUUGAAGAGGUGAUCAGCGCAAGCACCAUUCCUCCUGUUGAGGAAGACGAAGGUACAACCCUGGUGACCACCACUUCCCCCGAGGAAGAGGACAGUAUUGUGGCCACCACGACGCCAAAGACCCCCUGGAGGCGGCCAGCACUGCCCGAUCCGGUAAAAAUUAUUUCAAAGCCGGCAGAUCCGGAUCAGGUUGCUGUGAUCGAGGCCGAAUUUCUCCCUGAGGAACUGGAGGAACCUGACGCGGAGGUCGGCACCCCCACCCCUCUGGCCCACCAUGAAAGUCAAUCAAGUCCGGUCAUCCUGGACAGGCCGUAUCCCCCAGCAUUCCAGAGGCCCUCCCAAAGUGAAGUUGUGUUGACCGACCUGAGUGUGGGCAACUCGAGUCCCAAUGGGCAGUGGGGCCGACCUUCUGCCAAAUUGGAGCAGACGCCACCUGUUGUGCCAUCGCCGGAUAGGAUAAUCUUCCCUGAUGAGAAGUACAGGAACGGGGGCAAGCCCUGGGCGUGGGGAAAUUGGGAGCAAACGACCCCGAGGCCGUUGCUGCUCAACUUUUACUCGCACCUGCCGCAAGUCAGUCACAAUCAGGGCGGCGGUGGUCGACGGACGCACCUGAGCCACUCGAACCUCUUCCCAGCGCCGGGCAGGCAAACCCCAUUAUAUUAUCAGGAGCUGUCAGGUCACGAUGUGGCUAAUGUGCUGGGCAGGCCUUGGCGGCACUACCGAAAUCAAUACAGACAUUGAAAACAACAAGUAUAUAGAGAGACUCUUUCUAGUAAAAGAGAGUGAGUGCUAUUAUGUUUGUAGGUGGAGUUCGAAGAAAAGAAAUUUACUCAAUUAUUCAAAGUGUUAUGGAAAGUUUAGAGUAAAGAUGUACAAUUGUAUUAUUUA